AUGGCGCACUCUCCCUCCAACUCCCCUAAAGUCGACCUCAUCCUCGUCUUCCGCGCCUCAAACACAAACUCCUCAUACAAGCCCUUAUCAAAGCAAGAAACACGCGAAGAUGCUCAAGCAUCCGAGACAGAAUACACGCGAUUACUAGAAACGCUUCGUAACGCCGGUUUGAGAGCAAGCGGCAAACGCGGUCAGAAGAAUGGACAGUUGCUUAUCUUCGUUUGGUCGCCUGCGACGAGACUUGCGAAGCUUGUUCAACGUGAACGAUAUUCGGACUUCCUGCGCGGACUUCCGACUUCGGAACUCCUUACGAAAGAUGCGACUACUUUGUCUGACCCGUCGACGCUCUCACCAGCGGAUCGCCUGCGGAUUGUUUAUGAAUUUGUCACUUCGACGCCUCAUGAUGGCGGACUUGGAGUUGUCCCUGGUAGUCCGCAAUGGCCACGUGUGGAAAGCGUGCUUGCACUACAUGACCGCGAGUUUAAUGACUUAUGGUUACGCAGUUGGACGCGUCGACAGAUUGGCUUUGGGAUUGGAAGAAAUGAGCUGGAUAAAAUCAAGGAUCAGUUUGGUGAAGCAGUCGCGCUUUACUUCGCUUUCCUCUCUUCCUACACAACCUCCCUAGUAUACAUCGCUGCUCUUGGAACGGCAUUCUACCUCCUACGCAUGCCAUACUCCGCCAUCUACUCAACGCUGCUCAUGGCAUGGUCGAUAUUCUUCGUGGAGUUCUGGCGCAUUCGGGAACGUACACUUUCCGUGAGAUGGGGUACGCGUGGGUCUUUCCGCGUAGAACGCCGUCGAGCGCAAUACAAGGACGCAGGAGGACCAGGAAUCAAGUUCCCAUGGUGGAAACGUGAUGCCCGCAUUUUCGCGAGCUUACCAGUUAUAUUGCUCUUUGCAGCAGCACUUGCUGCAUUGUUAACGGCUAUAUUUAUAUUCGAGGCGUUCGUGACGCAGUUGUACACUGGACCGGGACAGAAGAUCAUUUCUUUCAGCCCUACACUGUUAUUCGUCGCUCUGGUCCCAAGACUACUUCAGCUAUAUCAAUCCUACGCAGUGAAGCUCACAGACUGGGAAAACCACGCACACGAAUCAACAUACGAGGCUUCACUCACAAUCAAGACAUUCACACUCUCAGCAAUCGUCGCGUACCUAGGUCUCGCACUCAGCGCAUUCGUAUACAUGCCCUUCGGCGAACAACUCAUGGCAAGUGUCUCCCGCACGCUCUUCGUAACCAGUGCAGCUGUAGGCGCACAAGCGACGCGUGCGGCAGAUUUCAUCAAUACGACUGCUGGGUUCACCGCUGAGAAGGUUGCGGAAAGUCCAAUUUCAUUUCUAGGUGGUUUAUUUGGGAAGAGUGAUGGGAAUGGGAAGAACGCGUCUGUGUGGGCGAAUAGUGCGAAGACGGAUCCUGCAAGGUUGCAGAAUCAGAUGUUCGCGUAUACGGUUACGCAGCAGGUUGUUGGGACUUUUACGGAAGUUGGGUUGCCUUUCGUCAUGCGUAAGGUUGAGGCCUUCCGUUCUGGGUCGUCAAAGUCCGCUACUAGUUCGAGUGCUGGAUCUGCUGGGAUGUCCACUACUCCGUCGGCUGUCAGCGUGGACGGUGCGAAAAAGAGCAAUAACGGGAAACGAGUUGUAUUUGAAGAUGAAGAACGUGGUGAUCGAGAUGAACGCGAGUUUCUGGCUCGAGUACGGCAUGAAGCUUCGCUGCCUCCGUAUACGCUGUUCGCGGACUUUAGUGAGAUGGUCACCCAGUUUGGAUACGUUUCGUUGUGGAGUACGAUUUGGCCGCUUGCACCUGUAAUGGCUCUUCUGAAUAACUGGCUUGAGUUACGGAGCGAUGCGUUCAAGAUUGCGACUAAUUGUAGAAGGCCCUUGCCUUUCCGAACGGAUACUAUUGGGCCUUGGGUGGACACUAUGAGUUUCAUCGCCUGGCUCUCAGCACUCACCAACUCCGCACUCGUCUACCUAUUCAGUCCCGACAACUUCACUCCACAACGCAACCUCUCCUCCAUAACAACAGGUAGCACACUCGAUAUGCCAUCCUCUAGUACCUCCACCCCGCCCGAUGUAAACCCAACAUUCCACGUAAACCCCAACACAGCACCCACCUCCCUCCUCCUCCCCGCUCUCCUCGUCGCACUCUCCGCAAGCCACCUACACACUCUCGCCCGCCUUCUGAUCCGACAUAUACUAGAAAGGGCUUUGUGGAAAGGGAGUGAGGCUGCGGAGGAGGUGGAAAGGUGUGAGAGGGAGGUGAAAGGGUGGUAUUUGAGGAGUUUGGGUGUGGAGGGCGUAGAAGGGGUGGAAGAUGUGAAGGAGAAGCUUGAGAGGGGUAAUGAGGGGAUUACUGAGGAUGUGAAAGUGCAAGAGAAGCUGAGUGAGGGUAAGGGAAAGGAUGGAGAGGAACGAGAGGACCCUACGGGAUUUUGGACGAGAGAUGAGGGGAUGGAUGAGAUUAGGAGGGCGGUGAAGGAUGCGUGAUGUCAUUUGUUGAAACGGCUUCAUAUGAGAAACGUUUUUCGAAAGACGGACUCAUGGAAUACUAAACGAAUUUCUUCCUUUUGAAACUUACCUGCACGUUGUCUUUCUUUGUUCCCGAAGUCACGAAGCUUUCCUUUUCGUAACACUAAUACGCUAAUCAAUAGUUUUGUCUCG